GACGUCACCCAUCCAAAAAACCGAACAACAUCAAUUCAACUGCAAUGGCAGAAGAUCCCUUUCUGGAGGUCAAGGCAGAUACUCUCAACCAACUCAACCAAGCUCGCACCCUCUUCUCGUCCUACCUGAGGAUAAGAGCAACAGCACCAGCAUCAGAGGAAUUGGUUACGGGAAAGGAUGAGUUAGAUGCCGUGUUACGCGAGAUCGAGAACGAGUAUCUCGAGGAUUUGGGGGAAAGCGUACGUGUUGUUGAGGUCGAUCCGUCGCGGUAUGGCCUUGACACAGCAGAAGUUACGAAACGGAAACGCUUCGUGUCAGAAGUAAAAGGCGAACUCGACGACAUGCGCGAAGAAAUGCGGAAACCCCUCCCUUCCCGGACCUCCUAUUCCUCCCGCCGCUCACCGCCCGAAAACCCCGACCUUGAACGCGGCGAUGCAGUGGGCGACUUCGAACAACAACACCAACAAAUCCUUAUAGCCGACCAAGACCAAAACUUAACCUCCCUCCACCGAUCCCUGCACACCCUCAACUCCCAAGCCCACACCAUGUCCAACGAACUCGCCGAUCAAUCGUCCCUACUGCGGGAAGUCGAGGAUUUGGCGGAUAAGACGCAGGAUAAGCUGAAGAUGGGGAUGAAGAGGGUGGGGGAGGUGUUGAGGAGGAAUGAGGAUUGGUUGGGGGGGUGGUGUGUGGGGUUGUUGGGGGUUGUGUUGGUUGUUGUGUUGGCGUUGUUGAUUUUGUUGUAAGGGGAUGGAGAGGGGAGGUGAAGAUACCAUAUAUGCCUGGGACAUGGAUUUAUGACGGGACAGGGACGGGCGUCAGGAGUUUCGAAAGCAACGGGAGCCCGGCCAAAAGAAUGUAUUCCGCCUAUCAUACAGCACGAGUUGGGGCAAGCUCACAACCACUGCGCAGCGUGCUCCUUCCUGCAGUUAACGUCGACUCUGCUGCUACAAAGAUAUAGUCCUCAAUAAUAUCCUCAAUGACUGUUUCAUCAGUCCACCUCAAAGCCCGUACCCCCCACCCCCACCUCUUUCAAUGAACAUACC